AUGCAAAAGUUGAAGUUGGAAGCUGAAGAGAGAGAGAAGGAACGGCAGGUUGAGAUGGAGAAACUGCAGUUAGAAGCUGAAAAGCGAUGUGAGGCGCAGGCUGAGUCGGCACGGGCGGAGGUGCAGGCUGAGGCUGCACGGGCGCUGGCGGAGGCGCAGGCUGAGGCUGCACGGGCGCUGGCGGAGGCGCAGGCUGAGGCUGCACGGGCGCUGGCGGAGGCGCAGGCUGAGGCUGCACGGGCGCUGGCGGAGACGCAGGCUGAGGCUGAACGGGCGCUGGCGGAGGCGCAUGCUGAGUCGACACAGGCGGAAACGCAGGCUCAGUCAGCUCGGGCUGAGGCGCAGGCUGAGUCGGCACGGGCUGAGGCUGCACGGGCGCUGGCGGAGGCGCAGGCUGAGUCGGCACGGGCGCUGGCGGAGGCGCAGGCUGAGUCGACACAGGCGGAGACGCAGGCUAAGGGGCUAAGGAGUAGUUUACGACCCAAAUCAUUGACUUUUUAG